UUCAAAUUACAUGAGAAUUACAUGAGAAUUAUAAUGUUUGACAUUGUAUCGGCACAUACCGGGUACGUGAGGCAGCAUCAGAUAAAACAUGCUUGAGUUGGAUUUACACUUUUAUUAGGUGAACUCUUGAAUGAACUUUCCUUUGACAAUACUGUAUCAAGUUUUACUGAUUUAUAGGGAUUUCGCUAACGCUCUUAUGCAAAAAAUAUAUUUUGUUUAGUUAGUGUCCCGAUUGGCUAUCCAAUUUUAUGCUCUAGUAACUUCUACUAUUAUCUCCUUCACUUUUGGCAAGCGUUAUGUGCCGAUACCAAUAUUAUAUUACGACUGGGCAUAAUUUUAAUAAACGUUUAUUGACAUAAAAGGCCUUGUGUGACAUAUGCAUGAACUAUUAACUUUCGGUGUGGGUUACCAAUAUGAUAACUUUAACAAACUACAGGAGAAACAAAUGUGUAGACAAUUGCUUUAAUUUUCACGUCCCGAACCUCUAUUAAAAAUUAUAAAAAACGUUUGUCGCAAACACCAUACAAGCCUUAGAGGCCCAAGGUUAGUGCAUCAGAUGCCUUUUAUAACCAUAGUACAAAUGAUUACGCCAUUGUUGGCUGUGGCUGCUGAAGGCCGAACUAUAAUAACACUAACAUUUUUGAACUGAGUAUAUUAGUUUAUACUGCCGCACUCUUCGGGUAAGUACAGAUUUUAAUUUAUAUCGCAUGCUCUAUCUCAAUAACGUGGUGCUGGAACUUCGGUUGACUGCAUAGUAAGGUAAAAGUAUCGCAUGUGCACUAGUUGCCUCCAAAAUUAAACACACGUAUAACUUAUUGAUCACCGCGUUCUUUAGUUCCGUCACGGUCGUUUGUAGUAGUAAACUAGAAUGUGCAACAACACCUCCAGUUUCACGAUAUUAUUGCAGGAGCACACGAAUCACCUUCUUAAGUAUCACAUCUAACACGCUAUGGAGAUUUCACUACAGAAACAGUUCGAUCUUCGCAGACGAAACUGAAAUCGAAUAUAUUCCGAUUUCUCCGACACUGACGAAGAUAAGAAUCCAUAAGAAAACAUCUAAUCUACAUGAAGUUAUCUGCUAUCCUAUAACUUCAGUGGAGCCCGACGUUUUGGCUAAUAUCAAGAAGAGGUCCUCAAGUUUAUUCAAUGCUGAAACUGAGAAUUAUAAAAUAGACUAUCCACCAGCGCCACCACGAAGAAUUUCAUCCAAAAAUAGCAGAACUUUAAAAUUAGUUACUUCUGCUCCACCUCAAACAAUAACUGAUAUGUCUAAAAAGUCCACAAUCCCAACUAAAUCAAAUGUGGAUUUCUUAAAAGAUAAAAUUAAUCAUAAAUUAUCUCGACAAAAUACACACAUCAUAACUAAAACCAGAACAGAUAUCAAGCAGAGUGAUCAGCAUUUAUCUAAAGCCCGUAUCAUGUCUAUAUCAGCCCCGCCUGCUGUUGAUAGAAAGAAUAGUCUAGCUGUAGGAAUCAAAACAUCUAAGAAAAUGGUAGAUACUAAAUUAUCAGGCACCAGUAGCUUUGGCUCACCAAGAAGAACUUUAUUGCCAAUAGAAUACCCUCAUUAUACACACAGCCGAUGUGGUGGAAUGACGUCGUCGGUGGUAAUAGAAGGAGGUGCUGGACGAAAGACUCCCAUAACAAACAUAUUAGAUAAAGUAACUUCUUUAGAUAAGCUUUGGAGUGCUGAUAAACGAAACGAACGGAUUGAUGUUGCAAAAGCAAAUAAAUCGGUCGCACGAUCGAAUAGUACGGUGAUAAACAAAACCAACAAAUCUCCAAGUGCUAUUAUUACAAGACCUGUAACAUCUAGUGUUACUCACAAAAGUAGAGACAUGAUUCGCACCGCAGAAAAGUACAAAAAUUAAAACUCACAUCAACUAACCAAACCAACGACUUGUUCUGGCUCUCGAAAUGACCAAAAAUCGACAAAAACAAGAUAUUUACAAAUGUCCUCAAACAUUUCAAAAUCUUCUUCAAACAUCCCAUCUGGUUUAAAAAAGCAAACCCAAAUAAAAUCCGCCGUGGUUACAAAUUUGAAAAAGAAGAAAUCGUUGGAAAGCGUAGUUAUUAGACCUAGGAGCGUGCCUUGUCAUGAAUCUUGUAGCAAAAAAACAAAGGAUUUGAAUAAGAAUAUCAAGAAAUCAUCAAAAGUGAAGUCAGUUUCAAAAAGUCUUGCUAUUGCAAAUACUGAAUCUUGCAAUCAAUUUGGUGAUACAUCUAACGAAGCCUCAUAUUGUGGUUCAUAUGAAAAUAUAACUAGAAAGCAAAAUAUUGCCAAACAACUAAUAAAAUCUAACGAGGCGAUUAAUACAGACUCUUUCUUUCAACAUCUCUUUCUUGGUAGACCUUGUAGUUCUAUUGUGACGUAUCCAAUUUUCGAACAAAAUACAAGUGUUCUUCAAAAGGCGAAAAUGUUUCAAUCACUUCCGUUAGACAACAAUACUCCCAAAUCAUUGAACUCUUAUUUAAUACACAGAAAACCAGUCUCAUUAUCUCGAUUUAAAAUGUGGGAUAGAUAUCCGAGUCCUGGACGACCACAAAGCCCUAGAUCUAUAUCUUGGCCAGGUAGAAUGCAAACUGAAGUACGAAAAUUCGAUAGUUUGUCUAAACAUGAUGAAUUUGGAUCAACUUCAUCUUUAGCGACAGUGAGGAGUAAAAGUGAACCGCCUUCUAAUAAAUUAUACUUUUCGCAAACAUCUCGACCAAAAUCGCCCGUGGUAAUAUUUUACAAAAAAGAUAGUCUUCAAGAUUUAUCUAGCAGAAACUCUACUUCGCCCACAAGACUAAUAUUAACACAAACUUCAAGACCUGUUUCACCUAGAAUUGUUCAAAAAACAACAACUACUUCCGUCAAUGUAAAAUCACCAUCUCCAACUAGGAUAAUUUUAACGGAAACAAGUCGUCCCAUAUCCCCUGUCGUUACACGACGAUUACCAAGUGCAGAAACUGAUAAGGAAGCUCCAUCAAAUGCUUUAAAAAGUACAAAAUCAUACUCGGGUAAUUUAUGUAGAAGUCACUCGGCCUCACCCGUGUCUAUUAGAUCGCCUUCUUACCGACGUAUUCAUAAUGCUCGCUUACAAAGUAGUAAAACGUACAGUGAUCUCAAAAAAAGUUUAAUAAGAACUAGAAGUGCUGGUGAUGCGGAUAAAAGACCUCUAGACAUUAAUGCCCCGCUGAAAGUUAGAAGCGAUUCAAAUCUCCAUGUUGAUGAUCCCGAAUAUGAUGAGUAUAUUCAAGAUAUACAAAAUAUAAAAGCAAGAUCUGAAAGAUUUAGAGAGCUUAAUAGAUAUUAUGCUUACUUGGAAAGAGUAGCUGAAUUAGAAAAAGCAACUUCAACUUCUGAACUGCGUCAUAGAAAAAAAGAUGAAGAAAUUAUCGAUUUCGAUCGCUGGAAAAAAAUACGAGCUAUUGAAAGAGCCGAAGAAGAAUUGAAUAAUCUGUAUCGAAAAUUGAAAAUAGCCCAAAGUGAAAAGGAUGUUCUUUUUUAUCCUCGCGACCCGAAGGAUUUUAGAUGGAAUUUUGACAAAGAGAGGGGUCUUAGAAUCAAAGAGAAAUCCGUAGAAGAUUUAAAAGACCAUUUUCAGCAAAUUUCGUAUGAUGCAGCAGAACUAGAUCAAACACCAUCAAAAGACAUUUAUAAACCUUUAUGGCGGGGAAGCAGCGUAGCAGAAACUGCGUUUCAUAUUAAUAGAAAAAAUGAUAAAACAAAAGAGGAGCCAAGAAGCGUCUUCAAACCUACAAUAGCUUUACACCAAGACUCUUCAUUAAGUGAUUUAAGAAAACAAAUAGGAUUAGGAACUCGCUUGUGGAGUAGUUUAUCUAUGGAACAAGUUAACGCCUUAAAAAAUCAAUUAAAUGCUAUUUAUAGUAAAGAAAUAGAAUCAAAGAGUAAUAAAGAGUCUGAACAAUUUAUCGUUGACGUGAGGGAUAGAAGAAGUAGAGAAAGCCCAACAUUACAUGUUCGAUGUAAUUCUUUAAUAACACCAAAUCAAAUUCCAAACCAAAAUCAGUCAAAAAAACUUCUUAAAUCCGAAUCAAUUGCGGCAAUGCCCUGUCCAUCAGUCAAAGAAUUAAAAAACAACGUCAAUAAAAUACAAAUGUCUUUAAGUGAAAAUGAGAAAAGAAAAAUAUCACAAACUUUAAGCAAAGAACUAUUAGAUAGAAUGAAUAAAUACGAUAAUCAGGCACCGUUGUCUUUAAAACAGGAGCUUGAGAAUAGUAGAAUUACAGAACAACUGAAAGAAAAUGUAAUGAAAAAAUCGCAACCUUUUUCUUCAAUAACUAAUUCAGUUGAAACUCUCAAAAAAAGGCCAUCUAUAGAAAGUGCUUGGGAUGGUAAAAAAAUGUGUAAUCUCUAUACUAAUGAUAAGACAGAAACACAGUAUCAAUCCUCAGCUAGUGAAACUGAGACUGCAAGCUCUGAUAUUUCCAAUAAAACUGUUAUUUAUUGCGGGUCUAAUAAAGAAGUAAAAGAAAAAGGUGGAAUAUUUUGAGUCAGUAAAAAAUGUUUUAACUCCUGCUAAAACUAUUUAUCACGCCAGAGAAAAUUCUGAUGAGAAUCAAAAACAAGUGAAGCAAGAAGACACGCAAUUACAAAAACAUGAACCAGAAUCUCAAAAAAUUCAAAUAGUGCAAUCGCAAUCAUGCUCAAAUAUAAAAGAAUUAUUCGGUGAAAGUGAAAAAAACAAAUUCCUGUCGCUCCCGGCAAAACCUGAACUACAUUCAAGAUCUGUGUCACCUCAUUCAGAAAUGUAUAUUUCUGAUCGACAAACCCUGACACGCAAAGAUUUUCCAGUGACGAGACAAUAUGGCGCAGUCGAAGCCCAUCCCCCGACCCGGAGCGUUAUUGGCACGCUUACUUAAAGUUAGCGCGAGCCGGUGAAGUACGUCGACUUAUACAUCGAUUCGAUUCACCUCCUACGUCAAGCUCACGAUUGCGAAGACAUCGUAGUGAUCCGGAAAUAGCACGCAACGUCCUUAAUAAAACAUGGCCUUCUAUUGAAAAACUUUCUUCGCGUAGAGAUAAAUGUAGGACUAUGCUUCCCGUGGCACGAGUCCCGCUGCGCCCGACGAACCGCUUUAUGCCACAUAUUGACAUUAUAUCAAAACUAGCAGCCCUACGAAGACGCGCCUCCCCUAGAUCACGAUCUGCCGAGGAGGCUUUAGAAUGUCGCCCUGGAGAAGUGGAUCGGAUUCGACGAAGAUUCGAAGCUAUGUCUCUGCUUGGUCAAAUAUAUGCUUCUGCACCUGAUGUAAGAGAACUACACGAUAUUGCGCCUUAUUUAGCUGGGUCGUGGAUCGCUCACCGAUAUCCAAAGCCUAGUGAUAAUAAUAGAUCAAUUAAAGAUCCAUCCAUCCUUGUUCACGGCCGUAGCUCACCAGUAAAAAAAGAAAUCAAGGGACCCGGGCCAAAAGAAUCCGUUAAAUUGAGUUCUAUAUUGAAGAAUGAUUCAUUGGCGAAACAAGAGUUCGAUCCUUCGUUGCACCGCCCGGCAAGCCGCUACGAGCCACCGCGAACGCCCCCUCGUCCGCCGCCAGCGUCGUGGCCACAACGCCUUUCGCCUUACGUCACGUCUUCGAAGCACACAGUCAAAUUCCAAGGAGCACACGAAUCACCUUCUUAAGUAUCACAUCUAACACGCUAUGGAGAUUUCACUACAGAAACAGUUCGAUCUUCGCAGACGAAACUGAAAUCGAAUAUAUUCCGAUUUCUCCGACACUGACGAAGAUAAGAAUCCAUAAGAAAACAUCUAAUCUACAUGAAGUUAUCUGCUAUCCUAUAACUUCAGUGGAGCCCGACGUUUUGGCUAAUAUCAAGAAGAGGUCCUCAAGUUUAUUCAAUGCUGAAACUGAGAAUUAUAAAAUAGACUAUCCACCAGCGCCACCACGAAGAAUUUCAUCCAAAAAUAGCAGAACUUUAAAAUUAGUUACUUCUGCUCCACCUCAAACAAUAACUGAUAUGUCUAAAAAGUCCACAAUCCCAACUAAAUCAAAUGUGGAUUUCUUAAAAGAUAAAAUUAAUCAUAAAUUAUCUCGACAAAAUACACACAUCAUAACUAAAACCAGAACAGAUAUCAAGCAGAGUGAUCAGCAUUUAUCUAAAGCCCGUAUCAUGUCUAUAUCAGCCCCGCCUGCUGUUGAUAGAAAGAAUAGUCUAGCUGUAGGAAUCAAAACAUCUAAGAAAAUGGCAGAUACUAAAUUAUCAGGCACCAGUAGCUUUGGCUCACCAAGAAGAACUUUAUUGCCAAUAGAAUACCCUCAUUAUACACACAGCCGAUGUGGUGGAAUGACGUCGUCGGUAGUAAUAGAAGGAGGUGCUGGACGAAAGACUCCCAUAACAAACAUAUUAGAUAAAGUAACUUCUUUAGAUAAGCUUUGGAGUGCUGAUAAACGAAACGAACGGAUUGAUGUUGCAAAAGCAAAUAAAUCGGUCGCACGAUCGAAUAGUACGGUGAUAAACAAAACCAACAAAUCUCCAAGUGCUAUUAUUACAAGACCUGUAACAUCUAGUGUUACUCACAAAAGUAGAGACAUGAUUCGCACCGCAGAAAAAGUACAAAAAAUUAAAAACUCACAUCAACUAACCAAACCAACGACUUGUUCUGGCUCUCGAAAUGACCAAAAAUCGACAAAAACAAGAUAUUUACAAAUGUCCUCAAACAUUUCAAAAUCUUCUUCAAACAUCCCAUCUGGUUUAAAAAAGCAAACCCAAAUAAAAUCCGCCGUGGUUACAAAUUUGAAAAAGAAGAAAUCGUUGGAAAGCGUAGUUAUUAGACCUAGGAGCGUGCCUUGUCAUGAAUCUUGUAGCAAAAAAACAAAGGAUUUGAAUAAGAAUAUCAAGAAAUCAUCAAAAGUGAAGUCAGUUUCAAAAAGUCUUGCUAUUGCAAAUACUGAAUCUUGCAAUCAAUUUGGUGAUACAUCUAACGAAGCCUCAUAUUGUGGUUCAUAUGAAAAUAUAACUAGAAAGCAAAA